AUGGCAGCAGCAACAGCACCAUCUUCGGCCUCCUCUGAAGGGAAAAUGGCAGACCAAAAGCAAUCCAAGGAUCGUCGCUACAAGGGCGUGUACUCACGAUCCUUCCUGUCGCGCGUCUAUGACCACUAUGUCCUGGGUUUCAACAUGAAUUAUAUCUGGGGCUGCAGCACCAAAAAGGUUCUGCUUCCCUUCUUCUCAGACAACUUCACACAACAACAUAUGGACAUUGGCGUCGCCACUGGGUGGUUUCCAGCCGCAGUACUGAGCCGUCCGAUUCGCAACCACGAAAAGCACCAGCUGACGCUCGUGGACUUCAACGAGACGUCGCUCAAUGCGACCAAGGCUCGAGUCCUGGCAACAGCUCCUGACACGGUGGUAAACGUUGCGCAGGCCGACAUCACGGCGCCGCUGCCCGACUCUCUACAGAGCGGGGUCGGUACCUACAAGUCCAUCACCAUGUUCAACUUGUUCCACUGCGUUCCGGGUGGUCCAGAGAAGCUCAAGGCUUUCUCAACGUACAAGGAGCUGCUGUCGGACGAUGGAGUGUUGGCGGGGUGUACCGUCCUAGGUCACAAGCACGCCAGAAAUUUCGUCAGCAAAAUGUAUAUGAAGUAUUACAACAAGAUCGACCUUUUCAAUAACUGGGACGACGAGCGCGAAGCAAUUGAGAAGGCGCUCGAGGAGGAGUUCGAGGACGUCGUGACAGAGGUCGUCGGGAUGAUCCUGUUGUUCAAGGCGUCGAAGCCGCGUAGGUCCGGCAAGAUGGUCUAG